AUGCCUGGCAGAGAUAUUACCCUCGAUUCCCCCAUAGGCCUCAAGGAACGUCCAUCCAGCCACAAAGGCAAAGAACGAGCCCCAAGAGAUGCGCCAUUCAUGAUUUCACACAAAAGACUCCAAGAAGCAUUGAACGUAGAUGCUCGAGAUAACACACAAUCACCUAGUAAGUUGGAAUCACGGGCACCUAACGGCGCCGACCGUGAAAUGGCCACUAAAGCUGACGAUUUGGCAGGAGAUGGCAACGGCGCAGAUAUGGCACCCGCGGUCCCAGCAGAUCUUCCUUCUCACAUCGUAAUAACUGCAACACCCAUAUCUAUUGGACAGGAGUUACUCGAUGAAAGCUCCCCCGGCAGGGCCAGCCGAAUUUGGAAGUGGCUUUCGGCAUCUGCUCGUGAAUCUGCCCUAGGAAUGAUAGAAGAUCCAGAGAAGACAAUUAAGCAGAAGGGACCCUCGCUGUGGAGAGUGGUGGGACUACACAUACUAAGAAAAAAGGAGAACGACGCUCCCACGGACGCAUCCGCAGCCGGAAGCGACUCGACAAGCAACAUCAGCGACGACAAGGGAAGCAAGAAAAAAGAAUCGUCCCUUGUGCGGAUGGUUAAGGAAAUGGAUGGAGUUGAGGACUACACACGGUGCAAUCCACUGGCUCAGCAGCAAUACUAG